AUGUCUGAAGAAGGAAAACCAGAAGUUUAUACCAACAAAAAUGCUGCUCCAAAAAUAGCAAAUCCUGCUCCUCUUGGUCUUUCUGCAUUCGCUUUGACCACAUUUGUACUGUCAGUUCAUAAUGCUGGUUCUCCCACGAUUACUAUUCCUAACAUUGUGGUUGGUUUAGCCUUAUUCUAUGGUGGUCUUGUACAACUUUUAGCCGGAAUGUGGGAAUUUAAAACUGGUAAUACCUUUGGUGCCACCGCUUUCUCAUCUUACGGUGGUUUUUGGUUAUCGUUCGGCGUGAUUUUCAUUCCUGGUUUCAAUAUUGUCGCUGCUUAUGGUGACAAUAAAGCACAAUUUGAAACUGCAGUUGGAAUAUAUCUUAUUGGUUGGACACUUUCACUUGGUAAAUUCACUAACGAAACUGUAACAAAAACUGGCGGUAUAUUCGGUAUAGUUACUGCUUUCAUUGCUUGGUAUUGCGCUCUGGCUGGUCUUUUAACACCUGAAAAUUCUUACUUCACUUUACCUGUCGUUGAUUUAAGUC